AAAAAUAUUUAUUUAUGAACAUCUUGAAAUAUAGACAGAGAGAGAUAUACAUUCAAAUCAAUCUCAAUUCUUUUUUUGUUUUGUGUAUGUCAUAUGUUAAUCAUAGCUUGUGUUGAGAGCUAAUACAAUAUUAUUAAUAGCUUGUGAAUUGAGUUCCCAUAAACAAGAGGACACUCAAUCUCUUUGCUUUUCUCCACAACAGAGGGAUUUCCCUUAAAUACAAGACUUUUCUUGGCUUCAAGAAUAUACUAACCCCUUUCUGUAAGUCUCCUCUUCUUUCUUUAUAUAUAUUUUCCCUCUUUUAAAUGACCUUUUUCUUAUCUGGGUUCUGUUUUCUUUUGUUCCUUUUUUUAUCUGGGUACUUUUCUUUUGCUGGUUCUUGAUCCUUUUUAUUCUUUUUCGUAUGCCAAAAUCAAAUUGUCACGUUUGAGAUAUUUUCUUUAUUGGGUUUCCUUCAAAAUUUUAUCUUUGGUAUUUCCACUUUCAAUCAUAAACCUUUUUGUUGUUUCAUAAAGGAGAAAAUCUUCUUUCCUCUCCAAAAUAGAAAAUUAAAUCUCCUUUAAUACUAUUUCAUCCUUUUUAUUAGUACCCUUUAUUUAUUUUAAUUGGUUGACAUAUGACAUGUACUUCAUUAUCAUUAAUACUUUCAUGCACUUAAAAUUAUCAUUAGGUUUUGACAGCUGAAUUAGAGAAAGGGAGUUUUGAGUUUAUAUUGGUGUGAAGAUAUGGGAGAUCAUUUUGUAUUGUUGGUGGAUCGAUUACUCACUGAAUCAACAUUAGAAGCUGCAAUUGAGAGCAGAAACCGAUCAAUCCAAGCAGCCAAGUCUGCGGCAACCGAUGAUUCCUCUAAGAAAGUGGACUUUGGAGACAUAUCAUCUCCAAGAAAAUUAGUAGAAUGCAAAAUAUGCCAUGAUGAAGAUAGAGAUUCAAACAUGGAGACACCCUGCUCUUGUUCUGGCAGCUUGAAGUACGCUCAUAGGAGUUGUGUACAGAGAUGGUGCAAUGAAAAGGGUGACACAAUCUGCGAGAUAUGCCAUCAGCCUUUCAAGCCUGGUUACACAGUUCCUCCACCUUUGUUUCGAUUUGGUCGUAUUCCAAUGCAUUUCAGGGGAAACUGGGAGAUUGCAAGAAGGGACAUAAAUAGUCCAAGGAUCAUAGCAAUGGUUUCUUCUUCUGAAAGAAACUUUCUUGACCAUGAGCUUGAUGAUGAUUCUGCUUCCAGUACAAGAAGUCUCACAUACUGCCGUGCAAUGGCUGUCAUUUUCAUGAUACUUUUGAUUCUAAGGCAUACUCUUCCUUUAAUAAUCAAAGGAAAAAAUGACUACUCAUUCCCAUUAAUUAUGUUGUUAUUUCUAAGAACUAUUGGGAUUGUGCUGCCAAUUUAUGUCAUGGUGAGGGCUGUGAGUGCCAUCCAUAACCGCCGACGUCGCAGCCAACAGGUCCAUCCCAUUGCUUCACCAGAUACAUCGUCUGAUGGAGAAAAUGAAGAUUUAGAAAUGCAGCCUCCGCCCCAUCCCCCCUUUAUCAUUCAAGCCAACUCACUUUAGUAAAGACCAAAGAGAACUAAAACCAAAACAAAGAAUUUCAAAAGAGCUGCUAAUACAAAGAUGUGUUUCAUACAUGUAAAAGAUGGAGACCACUUUCUUAUUUGACUCAGUCACAUUUGUACAGUUAAGAAAGAAUCACAGUACUGUAGUAGUAGUACAUACAAAGAUACUACCAUUCCAUUCAGGGCAAGAUCAGUGAUGGAUAUGUAUAAAUUAACUCUUUUCUUAGGUAAAUAACUUAAUUUGUAACUAUGCCCACAAGUUCUUCUGUUUAUACUUCAUAUAGAUCUCCAGCGCAAUUAAAAUCUUAAUUUUAAA